AUGCUUAGUUCCAAUUCUACGGGAUCACGUGAUGAUGGGAAGUCCAACUUAGCUCUCGCUACUCCCAGGCCACCAAGCGACCUCACUCACCACUUCUCUCGAACCACCCAAGCAAGAAAGCCGAGCAGUACCAAACAAUUUUAUUCGUAUUUUGACAUCCCUAGCAUUGGAAAUUUAUCUGCAGGUUUUCCUGACGCCUCAUUCUUUCCUUUCGACACAAUUGAAGCUCAAGUUGCUCGGCCAGCUCGAUUUAAGCUUAGUGAUAUCGACGAGGAGACUUCAAAUACCUCAUUACGAGUCAUUAUCCCUAACAUAUCUAAGUCGACAGACUUAAAUGACGUGGUUGAUGUAACCACGGCUCUCCAAUAUGGCACCGCGCAUGGAUACCCCCCUUUACACUCUUUUUUAAAGCAAUUCACAUGCCAAAUUCUCCAUCCAAAUAUCCCCUACCUCGGUGGCCCAGAGAUUAUCCCCACGACAGGCAGUACGGAUGGAUUCUCGCAGCUACUCGAAGCAUUCACUAAUACAUGGAGUGAAGGAUAUGAUGUUGUAAAAGAGAGACAAGGUUUACUAUGCGAGCAGUUCACCUAUAUGCAUGCGAUACAAUCGGCCGAGCCCCGAGGGUUACAGAUCGUGCCUGUGGAGAUUGAUGAUGAGGGGAUCGUUCCAUCUGCGCUGGAGUCUGUUUUAUCAUGUUGGGACGAGAGUAAGGGCAAAAGACCCCAUCUGCUUUAUACCAUUCCCACGGGUCAAAAUCCUUCCGGCUCAAUCUCUCCCCUCCAUCGCCGUCAAGCCAUUUACUGGAUCUGUCAAAAAUAUGAUGUCCUUAUCAUCGAAGAUGACCCUUGCUUCACACUACAAUACCCGUCGGCUACAAGUCUUGAACCUUCUUCUCGCUGUCUCCCUCCGCCAGAAAAUCCAAAAGAACAUCCAUUCUUCAAAUCAUCCGGGUCUCCAUUUAUCGAUAGCCUGGAACCUUCGUAUCUCAAUAUUGAUACCGACGGUCGAGUCGUCCGGUUGGAUACAUUCUCCAAGACAGUAGCACCAGGCUGUCGACUAGGCUGGAUUACGGCACAGCCUGCCAUUAUUGAGUCGCUCCUACGAAUUACGGAAACAUCUACAGGGCAACCAUCAGGAUUUGUGCAGGCGAUGAUGGCCGGAUUGCUCAUGGGUUCCCAGCCAGAAGAGCAAGCAGAAUUUGCGGGGAAAAAGUCUCAGAAAGAGCAAGCGUCCUUCACCGGCUGGAAAGUCGACGGCUGGGUGCGCUGGCUGGAGGGCUUAAGGGGACGGUAUGAGAGCAGGAUGAAUCGAAUGUGCAAGACGCUGGAUGAUGGACGCAUGCAGCUCCCACCAUUCCCGGAGGGUUUUAAUAGUGGAGCAGCAAUCCCAAACUCCGAUUCGAUGUACACCUUCCGCUGGCCUCGUGGUGGCAUGUCCGUCUGGAUUCGUAUGAACUUUGAGACUCACCCGCUUUACCGUAAAGUCCGCGGACUGGAACUUUCGAAUGCAUUUUGGAUGAUGAUGCUCCAGAAACCCCACCGGGUCCUAGUCACACCGGGCCACAUGUUUAGCCCCACAAAUGCGGUGAAGGAGGAGGAAGGGUGGAAAUAUUUUCGCCUGUGCUUUGCUCCAGUCACCGAAGAUGAGGUCGAAUUGUCUUCACAGCGGUUUGUCCGCGCAGCCCACGCGUUCUGGAUGAUCACCAAUGAGCAGCAUAUUCAGGAAAUCCAGGCCGUGGAUCCACAACAGCUUUUCAGCUCUGAUUAG